AUGCCAGUAGACUUCAUUCAUGCUCAAGGAUUGGAGAUAUUGUGUUUGACACCAUCUGAAUUUCAGGAAAUAAUGAAAAAUUAUAUAACCCACAUUCAAGAGAAGGAUGAUAAUGAAGAACCUUUUGUCAUUCCAGAAGAGCAAAGUCUGGAAUUUUUGCAGGCAGAAUAUCAGCAUCAGAGAUCUUUAAUGUUAUUUGACUGGCUGAAUGAUUGGAAUCCAACACCAGAUGAUGUCAAAUUUCUGAGGAUUGUGUAUGACAGCACAUGCUCUGACACAAUUUUUGGACUGAAUAUAAUAGCUGAACAAGUAAAAGUUGCUUUGGAAAAGUUCAAGCAGACUGGCUUGAUCCCUAAUGAAGAAGGAGGUCACCACCAAUUUGCUGCACCACUUGUUCCAACUUACUUAGGGCAAUAUUUGUACACUUUGCAUCUUGUUCUCAAAGACUCAAACAGUAAUUCCUUUGAAGAAUUCUUACACCUUAGUAUUGAACACAUGAAAGCAUCAGAGCUACAAAAAUCUCUGAGCCAUGGGCAGAAAGUAGACACAGUUGCUCAAAAGGGAUGGAUGGCAGAAAGAAUGGCUAUUCACAGCAUGUUCAGCCUUGUAUCACAACACCAUCAGCCCCAACAUCAGGCAAGU